AUGCUUUCUAGACUUCGUCAAUUAUCUGCACAGCUUCCAACCCUUUCAAGUUUACCAAUAAGAGCUUUCAGUUCUAGUAAAUCCACAAAUAUGGCCGAACAAAAGAUCACAAAUUGGGUAGCACCCAAUGAUAAAACGGGAGAAUUCAAGAGAGGACAAUCUCAAUUUCGAAAUUUCAUUAAGAAAGGAGGAGAAUUUCCACCGGAGAAAGGAAGAUAUCAUCUUUAUGUAUCUUAUGCUUGCCCAUGGGCUCAUCGCGCAUUGAUUGUGCGCAAACUUAAAGGUCUUGAGGAUAUCAUUCCAUAUACCAGUGUACAUUGGCAUAUGGCAGAAAAAGGAUGGCGAUUCGCGACUCCUGAAGAUGAUGUCACUGGUGAGAAUGUUACAGCUUCUCCAGUUGAAGCCCACAAAGGAUUUGCGCAUUUGAGAGAUGUCUAUUUUCAAGUCGAUCCGGAAUAUACUGGGAGAUUCACGGUCCCCACUCUUUAUGAUGUGAAGCAAGGAAAGAUUGUCAGUAAUGAGAGUAGUGAAAUCAUUAGGAUGUUCUACACUGAGUUCGAUGACAUCAUUGCCCCAGAAUACAAGAAUGUCGAUCUCUUUCCUGCCAAUCUCCAGAAAGAAAUCGAAGCCACGAAUGAAUGGACAUACAAUGAUAUUAACAAUGGAGUCUAUAAAUCUGGCUUCGCCACUAAGCAGGAAGCAUACGAGAAGGCUGUUAUUCAACUCUUCGCAUCCUUGGAUCGGGUUGAGAAGCAUCUGAGUGAGAAUGAGGGACCGUAUUACUAUGGAAAAAAUAUUACCGAAGCGGAUGUGAGAUUGUUCACUACCGUUAUUCGUUUUGACGUCGUUUACGUACAACACUUUAAGACAAAUAUCCGAGAUAUUCGAUCAGGAUACCCAUAUAUCCAUAGGUGGUUAAGGAAUUUGUAUUGGAAUGUUCCAGCCUUUGGAGAGACCACUGAGUUUACCCACAUUAAAAACCAUUAUACAAAAAGUCACACUCAAAUCAAUCCAUUCAGUAUCGCACCCGUGGGACCUGAGCCACCUAUUUUGAGAGAAGAUGAAGAAGUUCCAGCCGUUAAAUGGGCUUUGAGUUUAAGGAAGUGA